ACAGAUACUUUGAAUAUCUUCCAUUUCAUCGGAGCGUCUUCUUGUCCGCUCAGUGCGUAGAGAGAGAAAAAUGCGAUUUCUAGAGAGAGAAAGAGUCUCCAGGACUCUCUAGGGUUUAGAUUUUCAAUUCCUUGUUAUAAAUUUUUGCGGACGAGAACUGCAAAAUUUUUCACCGAGGACUUUGAGGUUGAAGAUUGGAGGAAGAUUCGUCUUUUCAUAAACUGCACGGAAAACGAGUCUUCGAGCUCAAGCAAAGUUGUUUCUCAUUGAGUUUCCAACUUUGAACGGUUAUUUUCCGGGAAAGCGGUAAAUUUUCCCGGAGAAGAUUAUUCAUUUUUGGAGAAGAAAGUCGUGGAAUCGUAGCGAGCUUUCUGAAUGGUAAAUUUGGACGAGAAAGUCUUGGUGUUCAGAGGAAGGGUUAGAUAUUGGUUCUUUGAUGGUUUGAUGAAAUGCAAAUUGAAAGAAAUUUUUGGUGAAAGUUGACCGGUAAUAUGAUUCAAAAAGAUGAGAAUUGAGUGAUUACUUUCGAGAGAGAGGGCUCAUAUGGGGAAAUCGGGCAUAAUUUGAGGAGUUGCAACCAUGAGUUGCAGCGAGAGGAACAGAGGAGGAGGAGAGGAAGAAGAAGAGAGGAGACAUGAGCAACCGGUUUUGCCAAGGUCUGUCGAGAUGGACCCGAAUUCUGUUUCGCGGAAUGGUUCAAUAACCGCCCCGCAGUUGACGAUCGACGAGAACUUGCUGGUUGACCCGAAACUACUGUUUAUUGGGUCGAAAAUCGGUGAGGGAGCGCAUGGAAAAGUCUAUCAAGGAAGGUAUGGUGAUCGAAUUGUUGCCGUCAAAGUUCUCCAUCGUGGGAGCACUUAUGAAGAAAGAGCUUCACUGGAGAAUCGUUUUGCCCGCGAAGUUAACAUGAUGUCUCGAGUUAAACAUGAGAACCUUGUCAAGUUUAUUGGAGCUUGUAAAGAUCCUUUAAUGGUGAUUGUAACUGAACUAUUGCCUGGGAUGUCACUCCGGAGAUAUUUAGUCGGUAUUCGUCCUGGAAAAUUAGACCUUCAUGUGGCUGUAAAGUUUGCUAUUGACAUAGCUCGUGCAAUGGAAUGUCUACAUGCCAAUGGGAUCAUACAUAGAGAUCUGAAACCUGACAAUUUAUUGCUUACGGCGAAUCAGAAAUCUGUGAAGCUCGCAGAUUUUGGCCUUGCAAGAGAAGAAACGGUGACUGAGAUGAUGACUGCAGAAACUGGGACUUACCGUUGGAUGGCUCCUGAGUUGUAUAGCACUGUGACAUUGCGUCAGGGAGAGAAGAAGCACUACAACAACAAAGUUGAUGUAUACAGCUUUGGAAUUGUGUUAUGGGAACUGUUAACGAACCGCAUGCCAUUUGAAGGCAUGUCAAAUUUGCAGGCUGCCUAUGCUGCUGCUUUUAAGCAAGAGCGGCCUAGUAUGCCUGAGAACAUCUCUCCCGAUCUUGCUUUCAUCAUACAAUCAUGUUGGGUUGAAGACCCCAACUUGAGGCCAAGCUUCAGCCAGAUUGUGCGCAUGCUCAAUUCAUUUCUCUUCACACUUUCACCAGCACCACCCUCACUAGAUUCCGAUGCUAACGAUGCAGCUGCUAGUAAUGAAAAUGAUUCGAUGAAUGACUUAUCUGCACGCACAAGAGGAAAGUUUGCUUUUAUUCGGCAAUUGUUUACCGCAAGGAAGACCAAGAACCCGCAAUGAGCGGGUCUAUUUUGAAGUCAUUUUUGGGUUCCAACUUGAGGAACACAGGCAUGCACUAGAAAAUGUUUCGAACAAGUUUGUGAUUACUCAGCCUAAAUCACGAAUGAUCUGCAUACUGCGGAAAAUGCCAAUGAAGAAACAAUGUUGAUUGCGGAAAGAAUAAAAAAAGGAUAAGUCGGCCAUUUCACGUAGUCUAGUUAACCUUAUUGUAAAGAAGAUACAUGGUUUUGAACAUUUUUCUGUUCAUAUCAAUGUUACCUUCUUUAGAGGUAUAUAGUUCACCGGUAAUUAUAACAACUUUUUUCCCUUAGUUUUUAUCGUCUUGGUCAUGCAUUUUGGUUUUCUGUCAAGGUCACGGUUCUAUGAAUAGAGAUUAAAGCAUAAAUGUAAACUGAAAUGUUAGUAUAGUAUUUGUUCAUACUGGGUUUAAACUAGGCAUUGAAGCUACAUAACUGGAAAUGUUGGUAUAUGAACAUGCUAAAUUCUUACGAUACACGAAUGGUUAUCGACUCUAGGUGUGCCGUUA